AAAAAAAAUACCGUUUUUCAGCCCCUUUGUCUCUCUCAAUCUCUUGGUGGAUUGAUUUCCUCAAGUUAUGGAGAUAGAUUCUUACGAUACUAGUGAAGAUAAUCCAGUUCUAGUACUACCUCAAGUUGGUUCUGAUGAAGAACUCUUUGAGGCGCUUCGUAGAGGUUCAUUUGAUUUUGAUUCGUGGAUAACAGUUAUUUCAGAGAUUGAAGAAUCAUUUUCAGAUAAUGUUGAAAUGAUUUCUGUAGCAUAUGAAUCAUUUUUGUCAGAUUUUCCUUUGUGUUAUGGAUACUGGAGAAAGUAUGCUGCACAUGUUGCUCGUUUAUGCACUGUUGAAAAGGUUAUUGAAAUCUUCGAGCGGGCUGUGCAAUCUACUACUUACUCUGUUGGCAUUUGGAUUGAAUACUGCAGCUUUAGUAUAUCUGCUUUUCAGGAUCCAUGUGAUGUUCGUAGAUUAUUUAGGAGAGCGUUGUCUUUUGUUGGGAAGGACUUCUCAUGUCAUCCUCUCUGGGAUAAGUUCAUCAAGUUCGAGCUUUCUCUGGAGCAGUGGAGCUCACUUGCUCAUAUCUAUAUUGAGAUUUUAAAGUUCCCAACCAGAAAAUUGCAUCGCUAUUAUGAUAGUUUUAGAAAGUUCGCUGCCAUGCUUGAAGAAGAGAUGCAAAACAAAAAUCACUGCAUAGUUGAAUCACAAGCAGAAUCUGUCACUGAUAGUGAUAUCACCACUCUAAAAGAAGAAAUAUCCUCUGUCAUUGCAGAUCUUCUGAAUCCUUCUGUUAUCUCAUCUUGGUAUAAGACCUUACAGAAAUAUAUUUCCAUAGGAGAUCAGUUCUAUCAAGAGGCAUGCGAAUUGGAAAAGAAAAUAUUAUGUUUUGAAUCUUGCAUAAGGAGGUCUUUUUUCCAUGUUUUGCCACUGGAGGACAGUCAACUUAGGAAUUGGCAUCGUUAUCUGGAUUUCAUUGAGACGCAAGAGGAUUUUGAUUGGGCUGUGAGAAUUUACGAGAGAUGUUUAAUUCCCUGCGCCAAUUAUUCAGAGUUCUGGAUGCGUUAUGUUCAAUUUGUGGAAACUAAGGGAGGGCGAGAGAUUGCCAAAUCUGCACUUGAUCGAGCGACAAAUACAUUUUUAAAGAAUUCUACAGAAAUGCACUUCUUCUCUGCCCAUUACAAGGAGCAAAUUGGAGAUAUUUGUGGAGCACAUAAUUCAUAUUUGCAGAGUAAUGAUGAAUUUGGUUCAUACUUCAUUGACCGAGUUGUCAAAGAAGCUAAUAUGGAAAAACGACUGGGAAAUUUUGCAGCCGCUUCCACUGUAUAUGAGAAGGCACUCAAAAUGGCAGCAGAAAGUCAGUUGAUGACUAAAGUUCCACUCCUCUAUAUUCAUUUUUCACGUCUUAAACACGUGAUCACAGGCAGUGCAGAUGCCGCACUAGAUGUAUUAUUACAAGGCAUACAUCAAGUACCUCACUGCAAAUUGCUUUUAGAGGGGCUGAUAAGCUUUUCAAUGACAAAUGGAGGUCAAGGACAUCUAAAUGUUGUGGGUAGUGUUAUUUCUAAUGCUAUCACUCCUAGGCCAAAAUCUCCUGAUGGUUUGAGUGAUAAAGACCGUGAGGAUAUUUCUGCAUUAUAUUUACAGCUUGUCGACCAACAUGGAACCAUUCUUGAUAUAAGGCAGGCAUGUAAUCGUCAUGUAAAAUUGUUUCCCCAUUCUUUAAGGACAAUUUCCCAGGACAAGCUCCAUACUUCGUGUACUCAAUUGCUGGAUAUGCUUGCUGAAGGACGACAAAGAAAUUCUAACCAAACUACCCAGCUUGAGUUACCCAAUCAAAAUCUACCAUUGCCAUCAGAGAACCAUAUUGACAAGGAACCGCAAAAUCAGUUUCAGGAAGAAAAUGAUGGGAAAAAGGCUGAUUUAGGAUUAGAUUUCUCCCCCAAAGUGACAGAAACCCUAAUGGAAGACAUUCCACCUUUAUCAAUUGAUCCAACUCAUUUGGUGCACGAGGAGUCUGUUCCUGAUCCGGUAAAUCAAUCUAGUGAAUCUGAAGAACAUCUUAAGCAGCCUACUGGUGAAGAUAAUAAGGAAACGGGGUCAACUAGUUUACUUUGUCUAAAGAAUCUUUCUCUUGAUUGUCCAUCAGUUUCUCAGGAGAUAGGAAAUCCUGAUCAUUUAUCCACGUCACAUCAUCAGGAAUCAUUAACCUUCACUUCCGAACAAGAAAUCCGUGAGAAAGAUAAUGAAAACAAUAAUAUAGAUACAAGCAUAACCAAUGAUUCUGUACUCAUUAGAAAGGAAUUAGAAGAAAAUGAGUUGAAAAACACUUCCCCUUCAACAGAACAUAGCCAAAUUUACCCUUCUAUCAACAGCCAAUCCACAAAAUCUGGGCAGAUUCAGCAAGUUGAAAAUCAAAGCCAGACAGUUUCUGCAAGGAAUGACCAGCCAACCACUGAUUCCCAGAACACAAUGCAAAGUAAUGUGCCGUCUGGACAAUCAGGACCGUACGAUCAAAUGUACAAUCAGACUAUGGGAAACUACUUCACGAAUCAACAGCAGCAGCAGAUGAUGAUUAUGCAGCAACAGUACCAACAGGAACUUUAUUUCCAACAGCAACAACAGCUAUCACAAAUGUAUUACCAAAAUUUACCUCAAAUGAAAGACCAGCAAACUCAGCUAAUGCAGCAGCAGCAGAUGAUGUAUUAUCAACAAAACUAUCAGCAAUAUAUGCAAAUCCAACAGCAACAGCAACAGCAACAGCAGUAUGGGUAUCAACAAGGAUAUCCGCAAGCUCAACUAGAGGCACAACAAGGAUAUUCGCAAGCUCAACUAGAGACACAUCAACAAGGAUAUUCACAAGCUCAACUAGAGGCACAUCAACAAGGAUAUCCACGAUCUCAAAAUCAGAUUGAUACUUCUUCUCAAGUUCAAGCCUGGAACUAUGGCUAUUAUAUGCAGCAAGGGGAAGGAGUUUUACCAGAGCAGAGUAUGCCUACUACUACAACUGCAACUGGUUCAGUUGAAUCUUCAAUGCCCCAAGAGAAAUCCCCUCAAGCGGCAACACUGUUGCGUUAUAACCAAACCUUAUCAGCGUCGCCAAAUCAAUAUCAAACACCUCCCCGAAAUGUUUGAUUCUUCUGGCAGAAAAAAGAGUGAUUAUCAUUCUAAUGUGGACUUGUGAAUUCGCCUCAAAUUGUCUUCUAUUUGCUUAGACAAACUGGAUGAUAUAAUCAUUCUUAAAACAAUUGUUGUUGAAGAUAUUGAUUCUUAGUUGAAAUGAAAGAUGUUUUAGUUU